AUGAAAAUCGUGUUCGAAGUCCUGGAUUACGCUUCAAAGCGGGCACAAAACACAGAAUACAUACAAACCGAUGCGACACUUCUACAAGACCUUCUUGGAGCGCCAGAUGAGCACGAUCAAGCCACUCUGAAUCUCGCACAUAGACAAAGGCAACCCCCCGAUCGAGGAGUCCUGAUAUUUUGCUCGGACGAUCAUCUCACAUACCCGGAAGAUGGCUUUCGGGGGGUGUAUUUCGAUAACGGCGAUAACAGGCAAGCGCAGGUUCGUUCCAAAGCUCCCGUCCCUGGUGCUACUGGACCUUGCAAGGGCAAUCUUCGUGCCUUUGUUUACCCUUUCGGGUUUAAGGAUGGAUCACAGCCUGGUGGCAACGCCGUGGUUCUCUGCUCGAAUUGGGAUGGAGGCGCAAUUACAUCAACCCAAGAUGUCAAAGGCGAGAUCGGCGAUUGGCGAAAAUCUGGAGACUUGAGGAAAUACUCUCAGGGCAUUGAAACAGUGGGACAGUAUCUGAGCUAUAUGAUCAUACACGAGUUGAUGCACGUCGCAAAUCUGCAGCAAUGUCCAGCAGCACUUCCAGACGGCAACAUUGGAGAAGUGUAUGGAUACGAGAAGAUCGCUGGUCAUGCACCCGGCGCUACAGGUGGCAGUCCUCCUUCAGUAAACAACCGCCAACACAAUGCCGAUUCCUUUGCGUUCUUAGCAUCUGCCUGGUACCUGAAUCUGUAUAAAUGGACGAAUGGCGCAGCAGUUCUCACAAAGAAAGCCGAACGUCCGCCAAAUGAGUUGUAG